ACACAGCACUCUCAGUGGCUGAACCUCGUCCUCCUCUCUCCUCUUUAAACACGCAAAGUUAAAAUCGCUACCGUUUCCUGUUCCGGCUCCCUGAACUGCGCAGCCAGCCAGCCACCGUCCUCCCUCCUCAAGCUCUGCCCCCGUCUUCUUUCUCUCCUCGCUUUCAUUCUUUCUUCCUUGCAUCUCUCUUUCUGUCACUUCAAUGCCCAUCUUUUGCUCUCUCCACUGUUGAUCAAAGGAGGUUUGAACUAAAUCCAGGGUGUUGCCCUCCUUUCCGUCUGCUUAAUCUUUUUGGCUGAAAUGGCUGGGGGCUUUGAGGGGAGGAGCUCUGCAACUAGAGGAGUUGAGCAGGCCAUUGUUGCUCUCAAGAAGGGUGCACAUAUCCUGAAAUGUGGGAAGCGAGGCAAACCCAAAUUCUGCACUAUCAGGCUAUCUUAUGACGAGAGAGCACUAAUAUGGUACUCCAAAGAGAGGGAAAAACGUUUGAGCUUGAGCUCCGUGUCAAGCGUAGUUCUUGGACAGAAGACCACAAAACUUUUGCGUCUGCAUUGGCCAGAAAAGGAAUCCCAGUCCUUGUCAGUUAUAUACAAGAACGGUGAAUCCUCACUUGACUUGGUCUGCAAAGAUAGAGAUCAAGCUGAAUGUUGGUAUAUAGGCCUGACAGCCUUAAUAUCAGUUCCAUACACCCCAUUACUUCUGGUUAACUCAACAAACAGCCGUCAGAUAAACAGCUGCACAAAUAGCCCUCCUAGCUAUAUUCAGCAAAGGAGUAGGGUCUUCGCUGUGCAUGAUGCAAGAAAUUUUACAAAGGUACACUCGCUAUAUGGCAGUCCUAGGUUAAUACAGAACAAAUUCUUGCGGAGCAAUCUGGAUUGCUCUGAACCAUUCUUCUCUAAAAGACAGAAAGCAUGGUCAGAAUUAGAUUUCUACUUGGAAAAGAUUAUUCCCAAAGUGGAUAAUCAAGUAAAAGACAAUUUCAGAGACAUAACAGUUGCUAAGGAGCAAAGAAUUACCCAAAUGCCUAAACUCAAACCAUCUGAAGGAUCACAUGCAGAAACAGAUCCUCUAAAGGAUAUCUUUGUUUGGGGUGAUGUUCUUGGCAUAAUGUCAGACUAUGGACAUGUAUCAAGAGCUAAGGUUUCACUUCCAAAGUUGUUUAACUCGGCACAGAUUCUUGAUGUGCAGAGCAUUGCUUGUGGAGAGAAACAUGCAGCAAUAGUUAAUAAGCAAGGCCAGGUAUUCUCCUGGGGUGAGGAGAGCGGGGGGAGAUUGGGACACAAAACAAGUGACAGUGUCUCUCAUCCUAAAAUCAUUGAGUCUCUUGCCUCUACACCUGUGAAGGCUAUUGCAUUUGGAGCAAAGCACACCUGUGCAGUUUCAGUUUCAGGAGAACUUUAUGAAUGGGGUGAGGGGAUUCAUAGCCUAGGGUUGUGGACCGAUCAGUGUCAAAGAAGCCAGUGGUUCCCUCAUAAACUUAUUGGUACUUUGGAUGGCACCUAUGUGUCGAAGAUUGCAUGUGGUCAGUGGCACACAGCUAUCAUAUCCUCUUCUGGUCAGAUGUUCACAUAUGGGGAUGGGACAUUUGGUGUUCUUGGACAUGGUGACACGUGUAGCGUUGCUCGGCCGAAAGAAGUGGAGUCCUUGAGGGGGUUAAGAGCCAAGUCUGUCGCAUGUGGACCAUGGCACACAGCUGCCAUUGUGGAAUGCACUCACAAGAGCAAUGCUCCUUGUGGGAAGCUAUUCACGUGGGGUGAUGGAGGUAGAUGGAAGUUAGGCCAUACAGACAAAAAAUGGAAGCUUGUUCCAACUUGUGUCGAGUCACUCACUGACUGCAAUUUUGUUCAGGUAUCCUGUGGGAUGUCACUAACAGUUGUGCUCACAAUAACAGGUGUUGCUUUUACCAUUGGAAGCAAGGAACAUGGACAAUUAGGGAACCCACGAUCCGAGGAAAAAUCUAUUUGUAUGGUUGAAGGGCCACUUAAGACUGAGUUUAUCAAAGAGAUAUCAUCUGGCUCUUCCCAUGUCGCAGUUUUGACAAUGGAUGGCAAAGUAUUUACGUGGGGCAAAGGCACAGAAGGGCAACUUGGUUUAGGUGAUUGUGUUGACAAGAGCUCCCCAACUCUAGUGGAGGCCUUGGAAGAUAAGCAGGUGGAGAGAAUAGUUUGUGGUUCCAAUUUCACUGUUGCAAUCUGUGUGCAUAGGUCAAUCUCAAGCAAGAACCAAUCUGUAUGCAGCAGUUGUCGGUUGGCUUUUGGUUUUUCAAGGAAGAAGCACAACUGCUACAACUGUGGUUCUGUGUUCUGCAAUUCCUGCAGCAGCAACAAGGUUCCGAGUGCAGCUCUUGCACCAGAUAACAGCAAAAGGUACCGUGUUUGUGAUGCAUGUUUCAGUGAGCUGAACAAAACUGCAGAACCCAGCAAAGUAGGUUCUCGACCGAAGAUCCAAAAAGACGAGUCAUCUCUAACAGAAACAAGAACACACACACCAAAGCUAUCUCGCAUAAUUAAGGAAGCAAACUUCAUUAUUAUGGAUAAAAUGGCCUCGACACAAAAUACAAAUCAGAGAAAUCAGGAGCUGGCCACUCUGAAUAAAGUGCAAACACAGAAAUGGGGGCACGUAGACUGUCCUGAUCAAUUCAAAUUUGCAUGGGACAGCAUUCCAUAUCGGUUAACAUCACAGAAGCAGACAGUCAGUGCUACUCUUAUGGGGAGUGUGAAUGAAACAAUGUCAAGAAAGACUGCCAGCGCUUUGCCACAAGAUGCUAAUGAUGUGAAAGAAGAAUUGGGUUUAAUGGAAAAUAUACAAUUGGAAGAGGUGAAACAGCUUCGAGCACAGCAGGUAACCACUCUAACAGAACAAUGCCGGCAUAAGAGCCUGAAGGUUCAGUUGUAUAAACAAAAAGUUGAGGAAACCUGGUUGAUUGUCAGGGAUGAAGCUGCAAAGUGCAAAGCCGCAAAAGACAUUAUAAAGGUUUUAACAAAUCAGAGGAAUGCUUUGUCAAAGAAACUUUUAGAUGGUUUGGAACUAGAUAACUCUAGUACGGUACCUAGACGCAUUAUCACUGGACAACCAGUAAAAGCUGAAUUGCCUGACCCACCCGACAAAACUCUUCUCACUGGCAAAUUUCCGCAGCUAAACAGCAGCAGAGAUCAACACGUCAUAGAGCAAGUGUAUAUGCAAUCUAUACCAUCCUCUAAUACUGUAGUAGUGGAUGACUCAGUUGCACAUCUGAAUGGUAGAAGAACCUCCAACAGCAGCAGAGGUUAUGAUGGAGGAACAGAUAUCACAGUUGCUCCUACUGAUUCCAAUGGUGUGAUUGAGCAAAUCGCGAGUGGGGUGUAUGUUACAGUUGUUACAUCCCCCGGUGGUAAGAAAGGCAUCAAGCGCAUCCGGUUCAGCCGGAAGCAUUUUGGCGAGAAGGAGGCGCAGAAAUGGUGGGAAGAGAAUGAGGGCUGGGUAUUUGCCAAGUACAACAGCAUGGAGUACCAGGCAACAUAAUCUCCUAAAGAAAAAAAAGUACAGGAGUAACCAGUUAUUAGGCCAUGUAUACGUCAAGACGAUACAGCUCAGUAAAGACGUAGGAUAGAUGAGGUGGAAGGAAUCAUGGGAUCAAAUGAGUUAAGAAAGGGGUAGGUCCAUGGUUUUGCUUUAUCUCAAUACAGUAAAUUCUACCAAUUGGGGUUUGGGUUCGAUGGGGAUGAGAGAGCUAGCAAGAGUUUGUUGGCAGCUCCGAUUGGCGAUCAUUCAGAUCAAGGGAAAGCUUGUAGAAUGGAUUGGCAUUCCUUCCGUAACCCUAGUUCAAUGAGAAACAAGACAGAGCAUAGAGGUACCUGAACGGCUACUCGCGUUGCCGCCUGGGCGCUGGCGCUCCCGAUCCCAGCGACGCUAGCUGUCCUUGGCGCGGCCGACGACCCCUCUCCCCUCCCGUGGCGCGUCCCGUCGGCCGUCGCCGGACGCGAAAGGGGGCCACAGGGAUAGCGCAGAGGAUUGUAGGGGGCUAUUUGCAUAAAUUGGAUCGCGAUUAAUA